GGACACGAGACAUGUCUCGCUCUUGGGGCGGGGGCGGGGGCGGGGGCGAGGGUGCUGGACUGAGCAUUUGGCGUCCCCGAACGUGGGUUGGCUCGUCAUCGAGCGGGCUCGUGAGGCACCACCACCCCCACGUCAUUACUCCAAGCUACCCGGCAGACCUCCUGAGUCAAGAGAAGCGAACAAGAUAGAACACUGCCACAGCUCGACGUGCGCGCCGCCUCGCCCGAGGAGUCCAGCCGUCUGUCUCGUGCUAUAAAGAGGUCCAAAAGACGCUUGGCCACGCAGUCAUCCCUCCAAGCUCUGCACUCCCAUCCAUCGAGAUCAUGCCGGCCCUUUCUAAACUUUCCUUUUACAAGAAGAAAGCUGCUGAGAGUGGCACGAACUCUGUUGAUACUGGCGAGCGAGCCGUCAACAAUGGUCGACGGGUGGGACUAGAGGAUCCAUCGGAUGUCCGUCUACAGGACGAUCCCAACAUCUUUCCGACUGGUCGACCUGAUCACUCCAAAGCGCCAUUAGCGGUGUCCAGCGCUACAGCGGGAGGCUCGAGCGCUGCUGCAAAGGCUACUGAGCUGGGCGACGUCGACGCUCAGCAACAACUGCAGUACCCUGCGCCUGUUGGGCCGCCUUCUACUACACUGCUUGAUCCUGUCGGCAAGGCUUUCAUAGAUCCCAGACUGUAUGGAGGGAUGAGCGUCAACAAGAGCAAUGGCGAUUUGGGCGAACCUUUAAAUGUCAUUGUCUCGGCUCUGUCAUCCCCAGAGAUCCUGACUCGAAAAGGUCUGCAGCAAUACCUCCGUUCGUUGGAUUUGGACAUGGAAUGUUUCGGACUGCACUCUGGUGCUCUGCAAAAGGCUAAUCUAGACCCUCGAGGAUUCUCCGACGAGCUCUUUCUGUACCGCGAAGUCUACACACCUCUGGAUCAUCUGUUCGGUACGUGCGUGGAAAGCUUGAUUGGCGGCAAUCAUAUCCGCGUUUGGCAGCAACAAGGUACCGGAGCUUGGUUCUUCGCUGCGAGCGAGGAAGAAAAUGUGAGCAAACAUCACAAGAUCAUUCCGAAUGGCUACGAUUUGGGCAGAGACAAAGUGGUGGGUCUCAGUCAGAAGAACAAGAAUGGUAUUACCUCGUGGUUCUUCACUCGGUAUCAGACCAAGGUGCAAUGGCUGGACGGUCUAAUGCCUGCAGGUGCUCAAGGUAUCAACCAUGACAUUGCCGUGGACGGCCGAACAGCUCUGCUGACGAUCAAGAUUCUCAAUUCUGACGACAAGGCCGCGCUCAAGAAGACCUCUGCUCAGCUCAAAGCUGCAGAGAAGGAGCACAAGAGGAUCAGCAAGCGUUUGAGUAAGCAGUCUCCAGAUGCUACUGUCCCUGCUGCGGCGUCAGCCAACGGAGCAGGGAAGGAUGCUUCUGCGGAUGCGGCUCAACCGAGCGAAUCGGCGCAGGCGUCGACGAAUGAGCCUGCUGUGGCGACCAAAAACGCUGCCAAGUGGCUCAAGCGUAUCAGCACGAGCGCAAAGAGAUCAUCGAGGCAGGACACACCUGCAGUCGAGACUGCGCAAGCCGCACCGGCGAUUGCAGCAGCCUGAAGACAAGAACAGUCGGCCUGUCUGCACCCUGACGAGGUGACAUCACGUUGCGAAGCAUGAUUGCAAGGAUCAGCGCCACGAGCGACGCAGCUCACGACUCACCAUUCACGAUUCAUGCACCUUGACGACGCCCUUCACCACGCACCGCGAGAUGUUCACAACUUUGCCGUGGGAGCGUACGUAGACAGACCUGCUUCCUCUGAACCGUUCAGCAAUUCGAUACCAUCUGCAAGAG